AUGUCAAGUAGCCAACCUCGCACGUAUCUAUUGACCAAUCUCUAUUACCAUGAUGCGCAGCAACGACUGGACACGCCGAAAACACGCCGAAAACACGCCGAAAACACGCCGAAAUACUUUGUCCGUUUUGAAUGUGGACCAUGGGUCGACGAUGAUUUCUAG